UCAGGCCAUGUAGUGACGUCAACGAUCCUGGGAUUCAUGGACAGGCGACCGAAGGAAACAGCCCUCUACGUCACUCUACGCACGUCCAUUGGUCGGAAUCUCACGCUCUCGCCCAAUCACGUCCUGUUCAAGAGCUCGCCGAAUUCAAGCCAGCCAAUCAGCGUGUUUGGAUCAGAUAUCAACAUCGGUGACGUCAUUUUUUCGGCCAAUGAGACGGACUUCAACGAACAGAGGUUGUGGGGAUUGACCACGACGUUACUAUAGGGGCGUACGUGCCUUUGACGAAGGAGGGGACACUGGUGGUGGAUGGCACCUUCGUCUCCUGCUACGCCUCCUACCGGCACUCCCUCGCCCACGUCUUCAUGGCCCCCGUCCGCUCCUUCCCGCUCCUGCUGCGACCUCGCCCCGGCCUGCUCCUCUCCAUGGCCGCCUUCGUCAGGGACUCCGCCGCCGAUACGAUGGGCAGCUUCCUGGACCUCCUAGACGUGCUCUCGGGAACCAGCAAGGGCACGAUUCUUCAAGGCUCCCCACCUUGGUCGCCGUCAGGAGCCGCUUUGAAGCAGAACAGAAGCCUCGAAGAAGGACUUCUGGAGGAGGGAGAGGGGGAGUCAUACUACGUGAGCCUGGUGAAGCUGGUCGGCUGGGCGGCCUUCCGCGGCGAGAGGGCCCCCCAGCAGGUCUUGCAGGUCAACCCACAGCCGGAUGGUGGUCUUCUGCAGGCCAUGAAGAUUCGGUCCAUGUUCUCCAGUCUCCCGUCGCUCUUAGGUGCCCUGGCCAAGUCCUGGUAACGGGCAGGGGCUCCUCGGAGGG